CUAAUCUUUUCUUUUCUCUGUCCUGUCUCUCUUUCAAAGAGUAAAGCAAGAUGCCUUCACCGUACUAUCUUACCAGAACCCUAAACAGGUCAAGGCCAGGUAAACCAGUUGAGCAGAUCUCAGUUUCCAUUUUUAGCUAAUCAUCCUGACAGAAAAGAUGAUGCCUUCACCGUACUGUCUUAACGAAACCCUAAGACGCCCUGUCGUCUCAGUUGAACAGAUUAUUGGUCCAGUCUCGGUUUUUAGGUAUGCUUGGUGGUGCUGGCCUUACUGAAGUUCCAGCUCUAUCAUGCUGGUGUAAUCUUCAAUGCCCUAAUAGUAAAGCAAGUAGAUGAAACAUGGAUAUGAAGGUCUGCCGUAGAGUAAUGGUUGUUGACGUACGGAGCUUGUUCCAGAUUUCCCUUUGUAGCUACAUCCUAUGCUUCUUGAUGAUUAGUUGUUGGGGUUGAAACUUUGCAAUUGCCCAGCUGAGCUUGAAUGUCUUCAUGAAAUACUGCCAUAUGGGAGUUAAAAGUAGUAAAUGGUUAUUCAUACUAAUGGACGGGCUACCAACAAUGCGUUUCUCAAGUCCUUCCAUACUAGGUCUUUUGAUGAAGGGAGACUCGUCAGAGACAAACAGAUCCUUAGACCUCAAAAGGCUAUAUUAAGACCCGAGUUCGCUGAUUGUCAGGUUAAGCCAUUCACCACGGGCUCGAUCUUGGGCGAAAAUACCGAGCUUCCUCGUCGAUUCGAUUGGAGAGAGAAGUUGCCUGUGCUUCCACAAAUUUUGGAACAAGAGUAUUUCAAGACAUGUUGGUGCCACUCCGUGUGUACGGUUCUCGAAUAUGCUCACAUCAUCCGGUAUGGUAAGCAUGUAGCUUUGUCGGCACAACAAUUGAUAGAUUAUUUCUAUCAUUUUGUAAAUAACGACGGGCAAAACACUUUUUGGGCAAUGGAAUUUGUAAGAAAGUUUGGAAUUGCUAGAGCAGUUGAUUAUCCUUACGUAGGCUACCACUGUGAGCCAAAGAAAUUCAAACCUUAUGUACGAUUCGAAGACAUUCGUACAUGGACCGAGGAUGAAGAAAAAGCUAUUGCUAAAGACCAUACACCUUUACAACGUGAGCUUCAACAUGGUCCUAUAAUUGUUGGACUACCUGGUGAUGCUGAUGAUGCUGAUGAUGGUUAUCGUUUAAAGGAAUACCAUGGUGGUCUCUAUACUGGCCCAUUGCGUUACACCUCUGGUCAUGUGGGUGUGGGUGUUGGUUACGAUUUCGCCAAGGACAUACCAAGAUGGAUAGUGCAAAACUCUUGGGGAAGCAAAUGGGGAGAGAAUGGAUUCGUAAAUGUUGCUCACCAAGGUCCUAAACAUUCGUUUCUGUAUUUGCGCCCAGAUGAGGUCCAUGCAGAAGUUACCCUACUUGCUUCAGAAGAGGAUGCAUCUAUGCUGGCAAAGCCCUGAGAUGGUCACCUUUGCUACUUCUCUUUGUGUUUUAUGGUUCUAUCUUAAACUUUUAUGUAUUAUCAUUGUUUGAGAACAACGUAGCAUUCAGAAUUUAAAGGCUUGUGAUAUUGCGCUUUUCAGGUCUAUUGCAUAGUAUCAGGUUGAUGCUAUGGUAGUCAAAAUGCUUAUGCACUUGCUACAUAACUUUAUCUUGAACUUUAGUAUGGACAAGAGUUUUGUUAUAUUUAAGAAUCAGUAGUUGUACUA